AUGUCUCUCCGCAUUGUACCCCCCGCCGCCAACGCAACUCAAACCUCCAACACCGCCUCCGCCUCACAUCUAAGUAAAGGCGCCCCCUCCGCCACUGGCAUCCACGACACUCUCCGCGCCUCGUUCACCCCGGCACCAACACUACAGCAACAACGGACACCAACCUCCACACACCCACUCGAAGCCCGUCUGCUGCAGUGGCGCCAAACACACGAUGCCAUGAAGAUGGAGACUCUGAAGAGGGUAUACGGCAUUGCAGAGCCCGUGAGGAGGGGGAUGGAACUGAAGAUCGUUCAGGAGGGACAGUGGAAGCCUGCUGUGCUGGGUGGGGGGAAGGAGAGUAACAUUCAUGCGGAUAUUUUGGCAUUGGGCGGGAGGGAGACGGAGGUUACGUGGGAGGAUGUCUUUGAUGGUGACGACCUCCGAGAACCGGCCACUUUCCAUGACGAAAUGGAACAACGACUGAAAAUGAAUUGGUAA